AUGUCGAAUGUCUCACAAACAGCCCGUCGGCUUCUCCGAUCUCGAAACGCUUUGGCAUUGAAGUCAUACUCGCCGACGGGAUCCAUUGCACGCCUUCACCAACAGGGCCCGUCGCGCUCUGCUGUUGUCCACGACCAAGCAAUCCCCCAGGAUCAAAGACAUGUACCAACACCCGAGGGUUCACGAUUCCUUUCUCAUGCACAACAACAAAAGGCACCUACAUCGCAACGGCCCCAGCAUGAAUCUACAGAACUCGAUACCCUCGUUUCCCAAAUCCCCAUCGUCCAAACUCUCCGCGACUCCCACAAGGCCUACAAAGAAACCCGCCCUCAUCUCACAAUCCCACCCGCAAUUAGACAACACCACUUCGUAGGUGGAAGUCUAGCGGGCCCAGGCAAGCUCGCAUUCCAGCCCUACAUGUGGACGGCUACAGGCAAGACCGGCGCACAGGCAAAAGAGAGAAAAAGAGCCAGCAGUGUAGUAUCAGUAUUCCACAUCGGCCAAGACGUAUGUGGCCACCCGGGUUUCGUGCACGGCGGUCUCCUCUCCGUCCUCUUCGAUGAGGUCUUUGCUCGCUGUGUAUCCGCUGCUUUCCCCAGUGGACUUGGCAUGACAGCGAAUUUGAAUGUGGAUUUUCGAAAGCCUGCGCUCCCAGACCGAAUGUAUGUUCUGCGCACUGAGACUGUUAAGGUUGAGGGGAGGAAGGCGUGGGUUGAGGGGCGGAUGACUUAUCUGCCUCUUUCUUUGCCGCUUUGUUCGAUGGAGUCGGGGGCUAUUGUUCCUGAUGCUAGUCUUUUGCGGGAGGAUAGUGAGGGCACUGUUAUGGUUGCUGAGGCUAAGGCUUUGUUUAUUGAGCCUAAGUUUGCUGAUUCCAUGGUGUCUAUUUACAAGAACUAG